UUUACUUUCGUUUGGAAACCUGCGCUGGGAAAGAAGAGUGGAAGAAAAAGUGGAUUUUUAAUCAGUUUGGGUGCCGAUAAAAUGCGUAAAUUACUCGCAAUUCGUCGCAAAUUUUAGAUCAAUUCUCGUGAGUAUUGCUAAAAUUCGCAGCACACGCACAAGUUUUGGUAAAAUUUAAAUUGAAAUGUUUGGCGCCGCGAUGUGAGAAAAAAGAAAACAAGUGAACAAACUCCGGCAGUGCUGUCAGGGGAAACGCAAGGAAGAGUCAUACAAAGAGAAAAAAGUGGUCUGAAAUCGAUUACCGCUGGUGAAUGAAACGAAAAAGGGAUGGUAAUCGUGUCGAAUUUGCCAGAAGAACAAGAACGAGACUGUUUUGAUUUUGUGAUUUUGACGUUUUUGGGCAAGUAGUUCAAAAGGACGACUUCCUAUCGAUUAGAGGCAGUCAGUCGAUACCAAAGGACCUUCGUGGGAUUGCUAGCAGCAAUUAGAGGAUACUGUUUUGUGAUGUCCGCAUCUGGAAGCUCGUCGCCAAAUAGUAACAGCAACAACAUAUCCAGCAGCAGUGGCAACAACGGCACAGAAUCAAGCUCGGACAGGCGGAACAGCAACGGGCAUUCCAGUUCCGGAAGGACUCCCCGCAAAUUGACGGGCGGAAGUAGCUCUGCGGGGAGCAACGGAACAUCCUCCAGUAGCAGCAGUGUUAGUUCUUGCAUUUGGUGUGGCGAGCACAAAAAUCCUCUCAAGUACGUGCUGCCAACGCAAAACGGUAAGAAGGAAUUUUGCUCGGAGACUUGCAUCCUUGAGUUCCGAAAAGCGUACAGUAAGGGAGCUUGCAUCCAGUGCGAUAAUGUGAUACGGGCUAAUGCACCGAAACCGAACUACUGCUCGACAUUCUGCAUGAAGAAGCACCAAAAAAAGGCAACGGUUGGCAGUGGAGCCCAUCCGGCGUCCCAGUCCUCCUGUGAUGGCCCGAAAGCGACUUCCCUCUCUUCGGGAAUGGCCGCUGCCAAUACAACUUCGUCAUCUGGCACGUCAUCGGCGGUUUCCAAAAUCAAUGGAAAUAACAACAACAACAAUAAUAACAACAGCAACAGCAGCAACAACAAUAACAACAACGGCCGGAAGAGCAAUGGGAAUUCGCCUGGACGAGAACCGACCCGAAUCAGUCCGGUAACUACCACGACGACAACCGGCCCUUUCCAGUACGAAAGCUUCCACGUGUUCGACUGGACCGAGUAUCUGCGCGAAUCCGGUAGCGUCCCGGCUCCAGCUGAAUGCUUUAAGCAAGCGUUGGUACCGCCUACGAAUGAGUUCAAAAUAGGCAUGAAGCUGGAGGCCCUCGAUCCACGGAAUGUCACCUCAACCUGCAUAGCCAGUGUGGUCGGAGUGCUUGGUUCUCGGUUGCGGCUACGACUUGACGGCAGCGACAAUAAGAAUGACUUUUGGCGGCUGGUAGAUUCUACGGAAAUUCACCCCAUCGGCCACUGUGAACAAACGGGAGAGAUGCUGCAGCCGCCCCUCGGAUUUCGUAUGAACGCCAGCAGUUGGCCGACGUUUCUGUUAAAAACUCUCAAUGGAGCUCCGAUGGCUCCGGCCCAUAUCUUCAUGCCGGAGCCACCAACGCCGAAGUGCAAUUUAUUUCAGGUUGGACAGAAACUGGAAGCCGUCGAUAAGAAAAACCCGCAACUGAUUUGCUGUGCAACAGUGGAUGCUGUGAAAGAGGAUCAAAUCCAUGUAACAUUCGAUGGUUGGCGGGGGGCAUUCGAUUAUUGGUGCCGUUACGAUUCGCGGGAUAUAUUUCCCGUGGGCUGGUGUGCUAAAAGUUGCCAUCCUAUGCAACCACCGGGUCAGAAGAAUAAAAUGGACGGAAGCGGAAGUCGAUCGAAAGCAUCACGUUCUUCCUAUACCAUGAUAUCUGAGCCGGACUCGAUGACCCCAACCAGCCCAGUUACGGCACAUUUCCACAGUAGGUGCAAAGGUGGACCAUUCAUUAAUAGCUCUAAGUUACCAUCGAUGGUAACCGCUCCGAAUCAUCAGACGUUGGCGAAACUUUGCCUACAAGAGGUAUUAGCCGCUUCCAAAGAUCAUUCCCAAUUGUCUCCGCUACUUUUCGGUCUGGACGGAGAAGUGCAUAUUGUAACGGCAGCUGGCAAGAAUUUCACGGUGAAAAUUCCCGGAAGCAUCCGGCAGAAGGGGAACAAUGGGCUUUCUGACUUUUUGGAGACGCUUUGUACUGCAUGCAGAGCAUGCAAACAUCUCAUAACCUUAGAACCCGGUCCAGAGCAGUGCGAUACUUGCAAUCAAUCGAUGGUGCAAUCAACCCAGCUGAAGAGGCCUAACAAACCAGAACCGACAGUACGAUCGGCAAGUCCACCGCCAACAGCAGCGUCCUCACCAAAGGCAGCAGCAACGACGCGGGAGUCACAGCACGAUAAUCCCCGCAGUCCUUCGCCGAAACGUAAGGCAGUCGAACUGGAAACCGCAACAUCGACGACCAACAACGAGCCCAGCUCAUCGUCACCUCCGCCACCGACAUUAUCCGUACCAUCGGCACCAUCAGCGCCAUCCACAGUCGCUACCAUCCAUCCAACGCCUUCUUCAACGGUCAUGGUAUUACCUCCAGCACCUACCAGUAUCCUUCACGCUCCCAAUAGUACGACGUUGAAAACAGAGCACCAAAAUCCAGUGGCUGCAGCGGUUGCGGCCGCGGCCGUUGCAAUAGCAGCGCCCUCUUCAUCAACGACUGUAUCUGCUUCGGCGGCAUCACCCGCUCAGGCACCCAUCCCAGUGGCGCAUUCGACUCCGACGGCAAACAUCGCGCCGGCACCAGCAGCGACAACCAUGAUUCCGAGCUUACCUGUGCCACCGAGCACACCUUUGGCCGUUCCUCUGCAUCAACCCAUACCCUCGUCAUCGAUGGCUUCUUCACUGCAGGUCCUGUCGGUAGCACCCCCCGUUGUGCUACAAACGACGCCGAUGUUGUCUAGCAGUCAGCACCUGGCGCCGAUAUCGGUACCAACCACAAUCGUGCCAGUUGCCGUUCCCAGUCCACAGAUGCCACGUGGGCAAACCACCGACUGGACUAUCGAGGAUGUGAUACGAUUCAUAGCGGUGCAGGAUCCGGCGUUGGCCGUGCAUGCAGAUCUUUUUAGGAAGCAUGAAAUCGACGGAAAGGCAUUGCUCCUGCUCAACAGUGACAUGAUGAUGAAGUACAUGGGUCUGAAGCUGGGACCGGCGCUCAAAAUCUGCAAUCUGGUCAGUAGGGUGAAGGGGCGCCGUCACAAUUUGUCCUCGAUGUAAAUAGUUGUUUGAAAUCGUUAUUCUUUUCUACGGUAUGUAUGCCCCCGCUGUGCUAUAUUGCUCCCAUGGAUUUGUUUAGGGUUCCUGUUUUGUGGCAUUUUUUGUUUAUUUUUUAGUUUACACAUUUUUGAAAAUUUAUUACGAAUGAUUGAGAGUAUAACUGAUUGAACCGUUUGUUUGGAUAGUAUGUAUGUCUAGUAUGGAAAAUGUAACAUUUGAUAAUUUCCAUGGUACGUUGCAUAUAGGGAGUAUCGUAACGGAUGUAUCAAUUUGGGGAGAAAAGGGACGAAAUAGAGUUAAAUAUGAAGUUGAACUAGUGAUACAUUAAGUGUAGCAAUUUUGUAAAAAAGUGACACCUUUUGCCAAGGUGAAUUUGGUCAGCAACGUUAAAAUAACAAGAGAUGUUUUUUUCUUGUUUUUGCGUGAUUUUGCUAAGUCGUGCUCAUUAUGUUAUUGGAAUUUUAAAUUAAACAAGUGAACGUUUUUAUUUAAAAAAUAGUUUAAAUCUGUAAA